GCAUACAAAGAGAUGUAAUAACGUGGACCCACUCUUGUUCUACGUAACUUAGAUAUCUUCACGCGAGCAGUAGCUGUCACAGUGACAAGAGAAAAGAAGAUGAAGCUGUUCGACGCGCACUGCCACCUCCAAGACCCGAGGAUCAUCAACGAAGCCGGUCAGCUCAUCUCCGAAGCCGUAGCUUCAGGAGUUUAUGCUUUUGCCGUCAAUGGAACGUCUGAGAAAGACUGGGAUUUGGUCAAAGAGAUGGGAGAGGAAUACCCUUCUGUUAUUCCAUGCUUCGGUCUUCAUCCAUGGUUCAUCGUGAAUAGGACCCCUUGUUGGUUCGAUACAUUGAAGAAUUUCUUUGAAACCACUCCCACUGCUGCAGUUGGAGAAAUCGGUUUGGACAAAAGUCCAAAUGCAGGGGAGAUUGAUUUCUCAGACCAGGUGGUAGUGUUUCGGCCACAGCUUGAACUUGCGAAGGAAUUGAAAAAACCUGUGGCUGUUCAUUGUCUCGAUGCCUUUGACGAUCUGAUCGAGAUAAUGAAGUCUGUGGGGCCGUUCCCUAGCGGAGUUAUCCUUCACUCAUACGCUGGUUCUGCCGAGAUUGUCCCUCAACUCGCCGAGUUAGGCUCAUAUUUUUCUUUCUCUGGAUGGCUUACUUACACGAGCAAGGAGAAGGCGAAGGAGAUAGUGAAAGCCGUUCCUUCCGAUAGGAUCUUAUUGGAAACUGAUUGCCCGGAUGGGCUGCCAAAGGUGGGAGAUCCUUCUUCUCUACAAGGACACGUCUUCCUGAAAGACGGGAAUUCUGCCCCAAAGGAAACCAUCAACGUGCCUGAAAACAUUCAUAUCGUACUUGACUAUGUUGCAAACUUGCUGGAAAUGGAGAAAGAAGAACUCGCGAAGCUCAGCUACCGUAACGCUGUUCGGUUAUUCUCUUAUGCAGGUUCUAAACUGCCUUCAGACAGGUGAUGAUGAUGAACCUCUUGAUGUGUUUGGAAUACAGACAAAGAGAUAUGCCUCAAGUGUUGGUCUUUUUCCUUCCGUUAUGUUAAAAAUGUGUUGUUGUGAAACUAUACUAAAGUUGUAAUGAUGUUGUGUAUUUUAUCUCUACUUGUUAAUAAUAAAUCUCGAGGAAGAUUUGUC